AUGCUGGGGCCACGCAGCGAUAAACAUGAGGCUCAACACCUUGAAGGGUCGAAAGCCAUGGCGACUCAGUCUUACGUUAAGGGGGAGGUCGUGGAAGUGUGGAGCAACUCCCUGAAGUCUUGGAUUCCUGAUGCUGUGGUCUUGGAGGCUCCGGACCGGGACUGCGUCAUAGAUGGUUACGCAAUUCCUGCAGGUGCCGUCAAGGUGACAUCUUCUGCUGGGACGAAGUGGAUCCUGCCAGACCAAGUACCCUCUGCGCUUCGGAAGGUCCAGGGCGGCGACGUCCCGCCCUCCGAACCUCACUUGCCACCUCUGCCAGGUGCGAAGCCGGCGGAAGCGGCUAAACAGAAACCUGGCAUGUGCAAGAUGGGAUGCGGUCGUCCAGUGCAGCCGGGCCUCACAAGAGGCAUGAAGGCUUUUGACACCUGUUGCAAAAAGUGUGCACAGGGAAAGGGUGGUCACGAUGCCAAUUGCGGAGGUAGCACAGCAAAGCCUCUUGCAAGGUCGAUCACCACUGAAAUCGAAGACCCGCAAACUUGGUUGCUCGACCUUCUGUCUUCUGCGGACAGUUUCAAUAAGUACUCCAGCAAGAUUGUAGCCACUGUCUCUGGAGAUGCCGGCACACUAAGCGCGGCGCAAGCGCAAGACGCAGUGUCCAAGCACUUGCUGCGACCUAUUGGUACAACCCUUCCGGUGGAAAUGCGUGCUGCAGAGGAUUGGGUCAGCAGACAUGGCAAGGACGGAGUCUUGGAUGUCCCGGCUUUCACGAAGCUAGCACAUCAGAUUCUGCAGGAUCGAGUGCGAACUUGGUUCCCUGAGAAGCUGGUGGCGAAGACCCACAGCUUCGUCCGCCAGAACCCUGCGCGUGUUGAAGCUGUUUACGAGGUUGGCAAGCUCCUGGGCGAAGGAAGCUUCGGAAAGGUUUACACGGUGCAGCAUCGCAUUUCGGGUGAGUCCAGAGUGUGCAAGAAAAUUGCAAAGCUUAAGGGUAAAGAGGGUAUGAAAGUGGAAGAGAUUCUACAAGAGAUUGAGAGCAUGGCCACACUUGACCACCCGAAUGUCAUCAAAGUCUACGAGUAUUUUCAGGAUAGGGACAGCGUGUCUCAGAUCAUGGAACCUUGCUAUGGUGGGGAGCUACAAGAUCGGAUCAACGAAGUUUUCCAAAAAGGCAAACCUUGUUACUCAGAGGAGUUCGUGUGUGAUGUCAUGAAGCAAACGUUCCGAGCGCUGGCCUUCAUGCACAGCCACAACUUCAUGCACAAAGACCUCAAGCCACAGAACAUCAUGCUUGUCAGCAAGGAUUCAGCUUCAAUCAAGGUUAUCGAUUUUGGUCUGGCUGAGCUAUUCGAGCCAGACCAGAAGCAUUCCGACGCUUUUGGCGGCACGCUUCUGUACAUGGCUCCAGAAGUUUUCAGGCUCAAGUUGGAGUUCAAGUCGGACAUUUGGAGUGCCGGAGUCAUUCACUACAACCUGAUGGCGGGAGACUACCCGUUUAUGGCAGCAUGGCCUUUGCCGAAAGGUAAGACCAUGGAAUGGUGGCAGACAGAGCUCACACGAUCAAUCUGUGAAGACAGCUUCCGGGACAACAAGCACUUGAAGACAUGGACCCCGGAAAGCAGAGACCUGAUGCGCCAGACGCUAGAGAAGAGCGUAAGCAAGAGACCCGAUGCAGCGGCAUGCUUGGAGCAUGCAUGGUUCAAGAAGCACGAGACGGCUCCCCCUCCUCUCUCUGUUGGCAUUACGCAAUGCUUGGAUGCGUAUGCAGGGCAGCCAGAGUUGAAGAAGGCUGUCUUCCUUCUCAUCGCGCAUAUGUGCACUGCACCGGCAUUGAGUGAGCUGCGUGCCAUCUUCACCCACUUCGACACCCUGAAUCAGGGAUGUUUGGUAUCAUCUGACUUUCGGGAUGUCCUGUACAAGUCUGGAAUGUCGCCCCUGCAAGUCGAACGCAUAGUACAUGCGCUGGAUCAGGAUCGCAGCGGGACGGUGACGUGGACGGAGUUCAUUGCGGGAGCUUUGUGCGUCAGUGUUUGUGGCAACAAGCGGUUGGUAGAAGCUGCUUUCGCCGUUUUCGACAAAGACGCUGACGGCAAGGUUUCCCAGUCUGAUUUUGAAGACAUGUUUGCAAAAGGCGAUGUGGAGGCCUUGUGGAGAAAGCAUUUGCCACGCGAGCUGCAGUUCAUGGGAGAUGCUGGCGCUGACGGAAAAUACCUGAAGGAGCAGUUCGUGCAGUACAUGGGGAGGAGAAUGCAGGUUACUUCGGGUGAUGCUCUGGUAUGUGUCGCUCGUUUGCCGUGUAAGCUUCAGCUCACUUGCGGGCUAAUGUACACGCAGAACUUGCGGGCAACCAAGCCAGAUGCCAGUACACUUCGGCAUGUGCUGUGCAAGCACCACGGAGCACAGAGCACAGAUUUAAGAGACGUGCCAAAGCAAUUUCGUAACUGGGGCGAGAGAUCUGACUGCUACGCUGCUACACACUUGGAAGCCUUGUUGCAAGCCCCAGGUCAGGUGGCUGGCAAGUCACAAAGCAGCUUGGGAGAGGACACAGAACUGAAGAAACGCGCGUGGAUCUUGCAGCAGACGAGCGAUGCAGAUCGUCGCCUGGAAGGCCAGUAUGGAACCGCAUAUCUCGUGUCCUGGGACGAGGAGAAAUGUGGAGAAGAGCGAAAGGGCCAGUACAAAGAUGGAGACCAGGCUGUCGCCAAAGUGGUGGGGCUCGAGUUCCUUCCGGAGAAGGAGCACAACUUCGCCUUCCAGGAAGUGGAGCUCAUGAGGGCUUUGCGCCAUCCGCAUAUCGUGGCACUCCGAGACCAUUUUCUGACAGAGGCCAGCUUAGAGCUCGUCAUAGUCAUGGAGUUUUGCGACAGCGGGGACCUCCGAGGGGAGGUAAAGCGACGCACACAGGCGAAGCCGCCCAAUCUACUUCCAGAAGCCACCAUCAUGACUUGGUUCGUGCAGAUGACACUAGCGCUCAACUACAUGCAUCAGCGUCACAUCCUUCACAGAGAUCUCAAAAGUUCCAACGUUUUCCUGACAACCGCACCGUCUGGCAACGGCGACUAUGAUGUCCGGAUUGGGGAUUUCGGCAUCUCCCGCGUCCUGGAGGGCACAGUCGACGUUGCGGCAACAGUCGUCGGGACACCAUACUACAUGUCUCCCGAGGUCUGCAAGGCUGAGCCGUAUGGUUACAAGAGCGACAUAUGGGCCCUGGGCUGCGUGCUUUACGAAAUGUGUAUGUUGAAGCACGCCUUCGAAAGCCAGUCGCUGCUUGGCCUCGUGUACAAAAUCGUCAGCGAGACGUAUGAACCCAUCCCUCCUCAGUACAGCGCAGACUUGCGAACUCUUCUGGAUGACAUACUCGAGAAGUCCUCAAGCAAGAGGCCGAGUGGCCAAGAGUUGAUUGCAAGGGCCUAUGUUCGGCGAUUCGAUGCACCCGGGCAAGCCGACAAGGAUGCGAAAGAAGCCCGCACAGGGAAGGGCUCCAAGGAGACGACAGAGCCAAAGGCAGCUCCGCCACCGGUCAAGUCUACCAUCGAGAACUUAAAGAGAGUUGAGCCAGAACCUGUGCAGCCCAUUAUUGAGGAUCAGCCCGUUCGGCGAGAAUGGCACGCGCCGCCUUUCGUUUCGACACCAGCACCCCAGCAUACGCUGCCGGAGGGCGAGCUGAGGGUGCGGGUACUGCUCAGCCGCGUGCGCAGGGGCCUGUCGGCGCGUCGACAGAACUGGCUUCAGGUAUUCGCCAGCUUCGAUAGGAAAGGCGAUGGGCAGCUAAAGGAAGCUGAGUUCGAGCGGGCCGUGACUUCCAUGGCUCUUGGGCUCAGUGACCAAGAAAUUCGCGAGGAUGUGGGUCUUGUGUCUAGCAUGCUGCAACAGCCUACUCCUAGGACUAAGUCGCCAUCAGUUUUAUUCAUUCAGGAGAGUGUCUGGUUGCAGCCAAAUCGAGCGACCACAUGGUCGUGUGACAUGUUCGACUUCGAGGCCCGCGCUGCGCACAGGUCACUGCUGAGAGCCUCUGGGGAUCUGAAUUCCACGCGGGCUUUGUGCACCCUUUUGCUGCGGGCAAGAGCGGACCCGAACUGCAGUGACUCCAUCACGGGCGAGUCGCCUUUGAUGGAAGCUGCAUGUUUGGGUGACAGGAGCUUGUGCCUCUUGCUGCUGCAGGCCCAAGCGGAUAUCAGCCAAUGCAAUUCGAACGGGCAGCAAGCAAGCGAUGUUGCCAUCGCAGCUGGCCAUUCGGAAUUGGCACAGCUAUUGGCCAAAGGCAGGGCAGCCCAAGAACGAAACGAUCCUGCUGCAGUCGAGCUUGGCGUCCGGUCGUCGCCGUGUGAAGAGCAGGACCUGCCACAAGAACCUGGCACAACGGCAGAGAGCUCUGUGCCAACUCAACGACCGAAAGGGCGACCUCGAGGGCGCGGGGCACUGUCCGGUGCUCUGCAGAAGCGCUGCGAGGAGCAUGGCGUUCCGCUCGAUGUUCUGGGGCUGGUAGCUUCAAGUGAGCUCCUGAAGGAGAUAGAUCGAUGGCAGACGCUGACUGCAGCAGAGCUGACUUUGGAGUGGGAGGCCCAGGGCAUGGAAACGGAGACCGAGAGCACGGUGCCGCGGGAUGAGUUGGAAGCGCGACUUAAGCAGCUGCGACUUUGGCGGUUGCUGCCCAUGGAGGCGCUUCAAGAUGCCUGCCGACGUGUGGCUGGGCAUCUGGUGACUGCGGACCAGGGGCCGCUUUCGCGGCAAGAGCUGGUGGAGGCACUUCAAGUUGCGACGUGGGGCGGGCUCACGCGGCUUCAGAGAACGAGGAAACGCUGUGCCGAGAAGGGUAUCCCCGACCAGAAGCUGGAGAAUCGCGAAAGGGCUGAGCACGUACUGCAAGAGUUCGAGAAGUUGGAGAACAUGAAAGAAGCAGACCUCAUCAGACAGUACAAGGGCAAAGGCUUUGCCCACAUUGCGGACUUGAGCCAGGAUGAGGUGCUGUGUGCCUUGAAGGAGUAUGUGCUUUUUCAGGAGAUGUCGCUGUCGCACCUUCGACAGAUCUGCAAAGAGAAGAACUUGGCCAUCAGGGGCGAGCAUCGGCGCACAGAGCUGAUUGGCUUGGUUACAGCUGACAGCUGGCAGCGCUUUCAGAUUCCUGUCCUCAAGAUGCCGAGUACUCUCGUGGCGCAGGGAUUGUUGGAUCAAGUUCAGCGAUUCCAGAAGAAGGAGCUGCCGCAGUUGCGCCACGAAUGCCGAAAGCGGAACUUGCCAGCGGAGUCCUAUCCACGCAAACAGGACUUGGUAAAUCGAUUGCGCAACCACUUGGUCUGGUCGCAAAUGACAACCGAUGGCCUGAGAGAGGAAUGCCAAGCCAAAGGAUUGAAGUUUCAGACUGUGCAGGUGGCUUCGAAUGCGUCUCACAUGUUGAAGAUGCAUGCAGAGCGAGCUGAGAAGAAGGAAAUGGUUGAUGCUUUGCAUUCCUGGCUCUUAACCGAGAUGCUUGAGCUGAAGGGCAUUCCUGUCAACACCGUUGGGCAUGAAGUUGCCUUGGGCAUCUUCACAGAGGUUGAGCGCUAUGAAUCGAUGCCGUCGUCUCUACUACAGGCAGAGUAUGCGACUCUUGGGAUGCCCACUGAGCCCAACCUCGACGACAAGGAGCUUCUGCGGCGAUUGAAGCAAGUGCUUAUUUGGUCGCAGCUUUCGGUUGAUGAGCUGGUACAGGAGUGCGAGGCGAGGGAGCUCAGCUCUGGUGGCUUUCCCAACCGGCCCAGCGAAGCAGACAAGAUCCAAGUGCUGAUGGACCGACUUAUUCUCAGCCUUGGUGUGGAUGGAUGGGAAAAGCAAGGCAUCCCGGUCUACCGGCUAACCAGCCUGGAAGCUGCCAUUGUGAUAGUCGAGGAACUUGGCCGGCUGGAGGCUGCAAAGCAGGCAGAUGUCAGUGCAGCGUAUCGUUUGCUGGGCCUGCCGCCUGAAGCCCUGGACAAAGCCGCGAUGAUCUCGCGAUUGAAACACUAUCUUGUGUGGCAAGAGCUCCGGCCGGCAGAGCUCCGCAAGGAGUGUCUCAAACAUGGCAUCUCUGCAAUGGGAGAUCCUGAGGAGCUUAUUGCGCUGCUGGUCUUGAAGAAUUGGGGCGUGCUUCCAGAAGACUGGGAGGCACCAGACCCUCCCGACUGGUCACGAUUCGAGCCACCACCGCGGCGACAAAGUGCAGCUCCUGCUCCGCCUUCAGCUAAAGUCGCUGCAGCCUUCCGCGAGCUGGGACUGGAGCUGUCAGCAAGCCAUGAACAGGUUCGGAAGGCAUAUCGCAAGCUGGCUUUGCAACACCACCCGGACAAAAAUCCUGGGUUGCAGCAAGACCAGGCAGUUAAAAAGUUUCAAACGAUAACCAGUUCAUACGAGACUGUUCUGGACCACAUGAAGAAGCUGACCGUCCGCAUCUUUUUGCAGGGUGCGUCCACCCAUGUGCCUGUGGACCUGUUCGGUGACGCACUUCACCGAAGUUUUCCGGAGGUGCAGCACUUGGAGGACUGGGCGAAGCUGCUGCUGAGCGAACUUGCGCAGAAGGCCAUGACCGAGGACGACGCCAAAGCUCGAGAUGUGUAUCCUGGAGCUCAGGUACGAAUUCACAGCCUGCAAAGCGCCAUGGGUGCAAAGCUGAAUGGGUGCGAAGGAAUUGUGGAGACGUGGAAUGCUGCAACUUGCCGCUGGAAUGUCCGGAUUGCAGGAGUUGGUGUCAAGUCCAUUCGCGACGAGCACCUUGAGCAGCUCAAUCCUGGUGCAUUCGGCGCACCAAAAAUGCCUGCAUCUUCCACAGGCACUGAUACGAUAGCAAUAUACCGGCUUCUUUGCAAAGACGGUGUCACUGCAGUUCAUGAGAGCGACUUCCAAGCGGUCGUGCAGCGCCUUCUCCCUCAAAGUGAAGAGCAGCACAAGAAGCUCCUGUGGCUGCUGCCAAAGUGCCCUGAUGGCAAAGUGGAUGUUCCCGAGGCCCUGUCACAGCUGGAGAAAGGAUUCGAUCAGACUACGCAGACCGGUGCAACUUUGGCGGGAGGAGUGGGACGAGCUCCUGUUGGAGCGGGUGGUCCACCUGUACCGUUGGUUCCUGGUCCACUGAACCCGGCACAAGGAGGGCGUCCUCGCAACACUGGGCUCAGAGGGCCGGGGGGCUUGCCCUCUCCCAUGGCCCCGAACCCA